GACAGGAAGAGCGAGUUGAGUUCCAGCCUCAGAUUAUAGUGUUGUUCGGAGCGGUGGCUGUUACAUGGGUUUUUCGACGUCAGGGUGUAAAGGUCUUUAAGAAAAUUAUCACAUGCCGUUACUGUACACUCGUCUGUAAGCAGCGCGUGCUAUUUGUGAAUGUUAGUAUGAAUGGUAAGGUUGGGAAUGGAGCAGCGGGCGGUGUGCUGGCCUGUAUUGAGGGUCUGCCGCCGCUGCCCAAGAGCCUGAGCGGACUGCUCAACUCCAGCGGCGGCUCGUGGAGAGAGAUGGAGAGGAUGUAUGUGAAGAAGACCAUGAUUCAGGACGACUUGAGCCGAGGAAGGAAUAACACGGACAAUCUGCUGGCGAAUAAACCAGCAAACCUGGAUGCCGCCCUGGCUUUGCUCAGAAAAGAGAUGGUAAGGGUACAGAAUAGCGAGCAACAGCUGUACUCCCGACUGCAGGCGUUCAUUUACCACAGUGCCUGUGUUUUACAGUCUAGUAACCUUCCUGCCUAGUCAACAUGCUUGGACAGCGUAGUCACGAAUAGAACGUUUUUGUAACGCGAAUCGAUUCGAAAGUUCGGAAGGAACAAGUAUUGAACGCGCCUGUGAUGCGCAGAUUAAUCGAUUCGAAUGUUCGCAACUCGUCUGUUGUUCGCUUCGAAUGAUUCGAAGGUGACCGUUAUCCUGGAAAAUGAUCGAUUUGGAUGUUUAGAACACGCAUGUGAUUCCCAACAAAAUGCUCUGAUUGCGCCCAAUUAAUUAAUUAGUUAAUUUUUUUGUUUCGUUUGAGCCGCAACAUUGUUCGAUUAACGCUAGAAUGUUUCGAUUGCGCCAGUGAUGAACAAAAAUGUCUGUGAUGCUCAAAAUGUCUGAUUCGGAUGUUUUGAAUGCACUUGUGAUGCCCAAAAUGUUAGAUUAUACUGUUACGAGCUAGUCUGUGGUGCCCAAACAUGUUCACUUGGGAUUGUUUUGAACGUGACUGUUAUUCUAAAUGUUUAAUUUGAAUGCUUUAAUACUCCCUUAAGUCCGCGAAUGAACAAUGUUCGGUUUGUCAUUUUUGUUCAGGCUCACCUGUGAUGAACAAUUAUGUUCAGUUUGCAAAUUCGUAACCUACCGGUGAUACAAAUUAUUAUUAUUAUUUGUUUUU